AUGACCGCGGUCCAGAAGUUGAGGGCAAUGUUGGCGGAUCCGGAAAAGUUCAUUGCGUGCCCUGGAGUGUAUGAUGGCUUCACAGCGCGGAUAGCGCUGCAGGAAGGCGUCGACUGUCUGUAUAUGACCGGUGCAGGUACUACGAUGGGCAGAUUGGGUGUGGCAGACAUGGGUAUCGCGACGAUGAACGACAUGCGCGCCAACGCCGAGAUGAUUGCCAACCUCGACCCCAGCGUACCCCUGAUCGCAGAUGCAGACACGGGUUACGGAGGCCCCAUCAUGGUUGGCCGAACAGUGGCGCAGUACAUCCGUUCUGGCGUCGCUGGACUGCAUCUUGAAGACCAAGUCACCCACAAGCGCUGCGGCCACCUGAAGGGCAAGCAGCUGGUCGACAUCUCCGAGUAUGCCUCAAAAAUCAAGGCCGCAGCCAUGGCCCGCGAGAAGCACGGCGACAUCGUCAUCAUCGCACGAACCGAUGCUCUCCAAGGGUAUGGCUACGACGAAGCUAUCAAGCGCCUGCGAGCCGCAAUUGCAGAGGGCGCUGAUGCGUGUUUCCUGGAAGGUGUCACAACCCGUGAAGACGCUGAGCGAGCAUGCAAAGAACUUGCGCCGACACCGUGUCUGUUCAACAACGUUCCCGGCGGCGUCUCGCCAGACUUCGGCGUCAAAGAGUGCAAAGAGAUAGGAUACAAGCUCGCCAUCUUCCCGUGCCUGGCAUUUGAGAUGGUGUACCCUGCCGUAAGGAGGGCUGUCCAGCAGCUGAAGACUCUGGGCAACGUAAAGCCUGCAGAGGAGGGCGGAAGGAGAUACGGACCUAAGGAGCUGUUCCAGGUCUGCGGUCUGGAUGACUUGGUAGAGUUUGACCAAGCAGCUGGUGGUACUUCGUACACUAAAGGAGCAUGA